ACAAGUUCAACAUUUUUGUUUUCAAAGUGGUGAAUGUUGUGCUAUUCUUGAGAAGUUGUCGACAUUUAAUAAGUGAUUAAAUUAACUUUGUGAAAGUAGAUCUAUAUAAUCAUCACCCAACAGAAUUAUAUAUUUUUUAAAAUUAUUUGUGAAUGAAAUAAAAUUUGGAAUUUAUUGAACGCUAAAUUUUCACGCUUUAAGUUGUUUUUUUUUUUUUUGUUUUCUAAAUUGUUGAACUGUACACACCCAAAAUGUUUCCACAAAGCCCGUUUGCCCGUCUACCGACGUAUAAAAUAAUACUCGGCGUCGGACUAUGCACAAUCGGUGGUGCUAUGUUGUAUUCCUAUUUUAAAAAUCGUGAUGAAGACGAUGAUAACAAUGCUAGUGAUUUUUGGCAUUAUGCUAAUGAAGAAGCUAAAUCGAAUAAGCCGGAUGGUAUUAUAAUAACCACUUUUCAAAUUAAAAGCACAAGUAUUCCUAUCAUAGCUGGACGUCAAGGAAGAAAUAUUGAACAAAUUGAGCAAACAACUGAUACUCAUAUACGCUUUCGCGAUAACGAUGACGACGAGAAUAUGAAAUAUUGCGAUAUCUCUGGGUUACCAAAAAAUGUGACCGAUGCAAAAGCCUUAAUAUUAAAAGAAAUUGAACGAAGUCCAAUAGUUACUGAAGAUUUUAGUGUGCCAGUACAGAUUUAUAGCAAAAUAGUUGGCCGCUGUAACGAAACCAUUAAGGAGAUAUCCCGUUCAUCGCAAGCUAAAAUCGGUCUAGAUAAUGCUGUAAAUGAGGGUGGUAAUAAGCGUGUUAUUACUAUAACUGGCAAUCAAGCUCAAGUAAAUGUUGCACGGAAGUUGUUAGAAGAGUUUGUUAAUGAAUCUGAAGAAUUGCAACGCUCGAUUACAGAUAUAGAACAAAAUCGCGAUCCUCGUCGCUCGCCAACAAAUAGUGUAAAUUCUAGCUUGUACUCAUCUCAAACAUCGUUAAGUUCUCAUCCACUUUAUCGUGAUAAAUGUUCGGCAAAUAUCACUGAAGAAAAACCAAUUGAAGUAUUCGUUUCGGCAAUAGCAUCACCAUCUAAAUUCUGGGUACAACUUGUUGGUCAACAGUCUAGGAAGUUGGAUGAAAUGGUUCAAACAAUGACUGAAUAUUAUAGCGUUGAACACAAUCGUAAUAAUCAUUUAAUUAGGGAACCGUACGUUGGACAAAUCGUUGCUGCCGUUUUUAAAUAUGAUGGUAAAUGGUAUCGCGCAGAAAUUGUUGGUAUUGUUCCAAAUAAAAAUAAAACGUCCGAGAAUUUGUUGGAUUUAUUUUUUGUUGACUAUGGUGAUAGCGAAUAUGUUGCCCCACAUGAUGUGUAUGAACUCCGCACUGAUUUCCUUACUUUAAGAUUUCAGGCUGUUGAAUGCUUUUUAGCAAAUGUUAAGUCGACUCGCAUAAAUUCACCAAACAACUGGGAAAUUGCAUCGAUUCAACUAUUUGAAGAGUUGACUGGAGUUGCAUCAUGGAAAAAACUUAUAUCACGCGUUGUCACAUAUAAACCACGUUCUAUAUCAGUUCCUAACUCCUCAACAGUCCGAGAAGGUACAACAAUCAUCGGUGUAGAGUUAUACGAUAUAGUUGAAGGUUACGAAAUGAAUAUCGGUCAAUAUAUGGUGUCAGAAAAUUCUGCCCUGCCUGCGUUGAUUGAUGAAGACAACAAACCAUCCUGCUCACACAUAGACACUAAUGCAAACGUUGCUGGUAACAUAUCCAAGGAUGCCGCAACUGCACUCAUUUCAAACGAAGCAUCGACUGGUAAUGGAGCAUUAAAGAACUUGAAAAAUCAUAAUGCGGUGAAUGAAAAUACCAAUAACACCAAUGGUGAUACAGGUUCGGUAAAUUCCCGUGAAAAGGCACAAAAGCAAGUUAUGCAAAAUUUCAUAAAGCAUGAGGGGUCAGCAGGAAAACAGUUUCGAAAUUUCCCUUAAAAUUUUUAAAGACACUGUUAUGGUACUAUAUAAUAGAUUCUACAUACAUAAGUUUAAUGUAUUAAAAAGUGUAAAUUUUAAAU